AUGUUCGAACGGGUGGAUCCUGAGAGGGCUAAGAGAAGGGUGACGAGGUCGGUUGCGGAUAUUGUUCGGAAGUAUGGGAUGAAAUCCAUCUUCGACAACAAGUCCCUGAAGCACCUCCGUCUGGUGUAUAUCAAGAGCGACAUGGUGGCCGCCUACACUAUCGAUGGCAACCCCGAGAACGUCAUCGCCGGUAUCAAGAAUUGGUUGCUACAGGGUUUCAGGAACCAAGGCCAGGAGGUUAUGGUAGAGCUUUCACGUGCGUCUUGA